AUGGGGAGAACUUGUCGUCUAAAGGUGAGCAUACCCGUCCGCACUGGUUGCAUGUGGACGUAUUUGUGUCUGCUUGACGUGGGGCAGAGAGCACUGGGAGGACCAGAGAAGAGAGGGCGCGAGAGCCAGCCUGAGCGCGGGCAACGAGACCUUGUAAUGGGGAAACUCGUUGUCACACCGGCCUGCAUGUAUGCUCAUGUGUUUGCCUGUUGUCCUGGCGACGGAGUCGCUGAUGCUUGUGUCCCGAAUGCAUGCGACCCGCUUCAUCACCUCGUCUGUCUGCCUCAGCCCACCCCCUCCUCUUAUGCUUUGCCCAGUCUUCACUUCCAGUUUGACUUCCCCCUACCGACCGCCUUCACACCUCCCACACUUGCCACACAUUUGCUGGAUCCCAUGGUACGAUUAAGGACAUGGCGUUCUGAAGACACAAUGGGUAAACAGGUCGGUCAGGCCGAUGACUGA